AUGACGGACCAGCCCAGUCUUGACGAUGUCCUGGACUGGAAGGAACAAGGCAAUCUAAAGCUAAAGGAUGGCGACAAGGAAGCUGCGAUCGAGUGCUACACUCGUGGCAUCGAAAUCGGCGUCAGGGCCAUAUCUGACUUUCAAGGAUUGGCGGAGGAGUUCGAGCCUCUGAAGAGGGCUGUCAGCCAACUUUGCUCCAACAGGGGGCAUGUCUACUUGGCACAAGCACUGCCCAAACUUGCCCUACAAGAUUCUCGUCGAGCAGCAGAGAUUGAUUUCCAAAAUGCCAAAGCAUACUGGCGUGGAGUAUCUGCAGCACUGCAGCUUGAUGAGAAAGAUGUGGAGCGUCGGGAUGCGGCUGAAUUGCUGCGCCAGGGCUUGCGUUUGGCCUGGGAAGCAGGAGGCUUAGCACUUUCACAGCUCCUCGGCGACAAUCUGCAUCUCUGGAAGGAGUGGGCUGAUGAAGGCCACGUGCCCUCUAUUUAUCUUCUUGCCCUGGCUGUACUCAAGGGCAAUAAUGUAGAGAGGGACAAUGCCAAGGCACUAGCCUUGUUUCGGCGAGCCGCUAGUCUUGGCGACAGCCUGUCUAAGGCCAUGGUAGAGCACCUUGAGGCAGAGGCCUGCUUGCCUCCGGAGCUUGAGGUUUGGGCAAGGGCUGCUGCAGCAGGAGAUGCGGACGCGCAGUUCAAUUUGGGUUUAGCAUAUUAUCGCGGGGACAAGGUGCCACAAGAUCUAGUGAAAUGUGCUGAGUUGUGGACCAAAGCUGCCGCGCAAGGUGAUGACAUGGCCUGCGAGAAGCAUGCCGCUUCAGAGGACCUAACCCUUGAGCACGCCUACGCACUGUAUCGGUUGAAUCAAUUCCAACAAGCUCUGGAUGUGUUGGACUCUAGGAAAUCUGCAGACAAAGAUGUGGUAGCCAACAGGUUGCGAUUGCAAGCACAGAUCCAAUACAGACUCGCAAACUAUGAUGCCUGUGCAGAUGCAUACGAGAAGCUCCAUCAGGAAGAUUCUGAGGAUCAUGGCUUGAUAGUGAAUGCUGUGGCAUCAUAUGUGUCAGCGGAGAAGCCGCGGCAGGCCAUGCACCUCAUUGCCAGGAACAAGGAAGCUCUGGAGUCCUCUUACGAACUCUGCUUCAAUGCUGCCUGUGCGCUCCUUGACGAGGGUCGCUUGCAAGAGGCGGAGGACAAACUCGCUCGGGCCAAAGAGCUCUGCACAGAAGAGCUGGUUCAGGCUGAGGAAGUUGGUGAGGAAGAUGCAGCAUUGCUCGAGGACCACGAGGAGCUAGCGGCAAUCCGCGUGCAGCAGGCGUGCCUCAUGCAGCGUCGUGGCCAGGAAGAGGAGGCCAAAGAAGUGUAUGACAAAGUUCUACGGCAAAAGCCAGACCUGGGUCACGAGGUAGACGUGACUGUCCUCGCAGUUGCAUGCAACAACGUGGUUGCCCUCCGUUCUGAGGGCAAGUCCCUUUUUGACAGCCUGAAGCGCAUUAAUGUGGCUUCGAAGGAAGGUUUAGAGCACAAGCAGACCCGAAGACAGACAGUUGAGAUUGCUUGCAACAAAGUCCUGCUGCUGCUCCAGGCACAAAAGCUUGAUGUUGCCAAGAAGGAGCUCGACAAGCUGCGUGAAAGCUACCCUGACCAUCCCAGAGUGGCAUUGGUGCAGGCAGCAAUUGCUCACAGAGAGAAAAAGGGCAAGGUCUGUGAGGAGAUUCUGCAAGGCUACAUUGCUUCUCACGAAGAUGACAAAGAGGUCAUCCUGCCGUUGGCGCAGCUCUACGCGCAACAGCAGAAGCACGAAAUGGCAGUUGAGGUUCUUGCAAAGCUGCCUCUCAGCAGCCGUACGCAACCAACAACUGUGGAGGCCAUUGUGAAUCUGCACCAAAGGCAGAAAAAUCCCGACAAGGCGGUGGCCUGCCUGAGGGAAGCCAUAAAAUAUUGGUCCGCACAGGAAGAGGAGGCAGAAACGUUAGCGCAGGUUGUGCGGAUAGCAGCACGUCUCGCGAUGCAGCUGAAAGACAGGGCCUUCGCAGCUGAGGUUUACCAGAGCUACCUGGAGAAUAUUGAUGGUUCAGACUAUGAAGCACUAUGCGGUUUGGUGCAGGCUCUGGCUGUGACCGAUCCUGAGCGAGCUACCGAGUAUGCCGAACGGUUGCAGGUACCAUCUUUUGAUCACCUGGACGCGGAGGAGCUGGAAGCGCAACCUAUACCCAAAGUUGGUGCAAUGUUCUCGCAGCGUCGACGCGAUCGGGAAGAGGAGGCCGAUGGCAAGCCUGUCAAAGUGAAGAAGAAGCGGAAGCGGAAGAUCCGUUAUCCAAAAGGCUUUGAUCCAGAAAAUCCCGGACCCCCUCCAGAUCCUGAAAGAUGGCUUCCAAAGCGGGAACGGUCAGAAUUCAAGAAGAAGAUGCGCAAGAGGGACAAACAUUUGCUUCGUGGUCCUCAAGGGGCGAUCACCACAGAAGACUUCCGAAAGCAGGGCCCAUCAACAGCCCAAGUGGAGGCUGUUGUGCUCUGGCAGUGCCGUUUUGAGCUCCCUGAGCCGCUGACGAUUGUUUGUUGA